AUGACCACACAACGAGUUUUUCGACUGCCCCAGCGCACUUCCAUCCAAGACCUUCAGGUUAGCGAAGAGGACGUGCCCUCACCCUCCGCUCAAGAAGUCUUGAUCCGAAUCAAGAAUGUAGCUCUCAACUUCCGCGACUUUGCUGUUUCCACCGGAAAGUACCCUUUCCCAGUGAAAGACAAUGUGGUGCCUUGCUCUGAUCUUUCCGGAGAGGUUGUACGUGUGGGCAGCCACGUGGAGGACUUCGCCGAGGGAGACAAGGUGAUUGCAUCCUUUGACUUGAAGACCUUGUACGGUGCUAUGCCGGAUUGGCACCAUAGCUUGGGAACCACCGCGUGGAAUGCGCUUUACGGCAACGUUCCGUUGAAGCCUGGCCAGACAGUGCUCUUUCUCGGUACUGGUGGUGUUUCGAUCACUGGGCUUAUCUUGGCUAGGGCUGCAGGCGCUGUCACGAUCAUCACUUCUUCGUCAGACGACAAGCUCGCGCACGUCCAGAAAACGUACGGUGCCGACUAUACCGUCAAUUACAAAUCGACUCCUGCUUGGUCCCAGGAGGUGCUCAAGAUCACCAAUGGCCACGGUGCAGAUUUCAUUCUCGAGAACGGCGGAGCUGGAACGAUCGGUCAAAGCAUUGAUGCAGUGGCUUACGGCGGAAACAUUGCUGUAAUAGGGUUCCUUGCCUCCUGUCCCCAGGAGAAGAUGCCUGACGUGGCUGCGCUUGCCCUAUCAAAGGGUGCAAUCGUCCGCGGCAUCAUGGUUGGAUCUAAGCAACAGCUGGAAGAUGUCACACGCUUCGUGUCUUCCAAGAACCUCAAUGUGCCCGUAGAGAAGGUGUUUGGCUUUGGGAGGGAUGAGGUCGUUUCUGCCUUUGAGUAUUUGGUAUCAGGUCAACACAUCGGGAAGGUGUGCAUUGCUGUAAACUAA